GUAUGGUUGCUAAGCAACACAUGAAUCAUAUAUUUCAGAGCAGGGGAGUGAUUAUAUGGUUUUAAAUGACGUAACAUUAAUGUUUUAAAGCGUUAAAAUGUUUUUUUAUCGUUAUAUUGUCAGUGAUAAUGAGUGGGCGUGGCCGUAUACGCUGCGCUCGGAUUGGUCGGCUCGGUGACGGCAGUGCAGUCGCGAUAAACAGGUCGUGUUGAUUUCAGGAGUCAUCAUGGCGCUCACUUCCCCAGUCAAAGAGCACCCGUACAGCCAUCUCAUCGAAACACUGAAAGAUGGCACCAAGUUCUUCAGUCCACAGAAGUUAAAUGAUCCCAGAUAUGACAAGCUGCCUCUGUCCAUCCGCGUCUUACUGGAGGCAGCCAUUCGUAACUGCGAUGGCUUUUACACAAAAGAGGAAGACGUCCAGAACAUUCUGGACUGGCAGCAGCAGCAGAGCAAAGCCGAGGUGCCGUUCUCUCCGGCGAGAGUCCUUCUCCAGGACUUCACUGGUAUUCCUGCCAUGGUGGACUUGGCAGCCAUGAGGGACGCUGUGGCCAAACAUGGCAUAGACCCCAGCCUGGUCAACCCUAAAUGCCCCACGGACCUCAUCGUAGAUCACUCGUUACAGAUUGAUUAUAGCAAAUGUGCCAUACAGAAUGCUCCAAACCCAGGUGGAGGGGACGGCCCAAACCAGAGCCAGGGUCCUUCCAGAUCCACACCCUCCAGGCCUCCGUCCCGAGGAGGCUCACAUUGUGGGAGCCAGCGGGGCCCCUGUAGUAAAGCUGCCUGCAGCGACCCUCCAGCCUCCUCGGGUAGACCUUCAGCAUCUGUCCAGCAGAUCGAGAAUACACCCCUCCUCUGCCCGUUCCACCUGCAGCCUGUGUCAGAACCUGAAACAGCUCUGAAGAACCAGGAGAUGGAACUCAUUAGAAACAAAGAGAGGCUUCGCUUCUUUAAGUGGUGCUCUAAAGCAUUUAAGAACGUGAACGUGGUUCCUCCGGACGUUGGCGCAGUCCACCAGGUGAAUCUGGAGUAUCUGUCCAGAGUGAUCCAGGUCAGCAACAGCUUCGUCUACCCCGACAGUGUGGUGGGAACCGACUCACACACCACCAUGAUCAACGGCCUGGGCAUCCUGGGCUGGGGCGUUGGAGGAAUUGAGUCAGAAGCCGUGAUGCUGGGCCAGCCAGUGUCUUUGACCCUUCCUCAAGUAGUUGGUUGUAAACUGGUGGGCUCCAUCAACCCCCUGACCACCUCCAUAGACAUCGUCCUCGGCAUCACAAAGCACUUACGACAGGCUGGAAUCUCUGGGAAGUUUGUUGAGUUUUUCGGACCCGGUGUCUCCCAGCUGUCAGCUCCUGACCGGACCACCAUCGCCAACAUGUGCCCAGAGUACAACGCUACUGUCAGCUUCUUCCCCGUCGACCAAGUCACACUCAAGCACUUUAAAAAGACAAAUUUUACCCAGGACAAACUUGAAUUGCUUGAAUCUUACCUGAAGGCUGUCAAACUUUUCCGAAGCUAUGAAGACCCCUCAGAAGACCCCCAGUAUUCUGAGGUGAUUGAGAUCAACCUGAGUUCCAUGGUGCCCUGUGUGAGUGGACCGAAGAGGCCUCAGGACAGAGUGUCAGUGAGCAGCAUGAAAGAAGACUUCCAGAGUUGUCUUGAUGAGAAGGUUGGCUUCAAAGGCUUUCACAUCCUGAAGGAGAAGCAGGAGACCCGGGUUCCCUUCCAGCACUGUGGUCAGGAGUAUCAUCUGGCCCACGGCUCGGUGGUCAUCGCUGCUGUCAUCAGCUGCACCAACAACUGCAACCCGUCUGUCAUGCUGACUGCAGGUCUACUGGCCAAGAAGGCUGUGGAGGCGGGGCUUGUUGUCAAGCCUUACAUUCGGACCAGCCUGGCUCCUGGAAGUGGCAUGGUCACUCACUACCUCAAUACCAGCGGAGUCCUGCCUUACUUUAGCCAGCUGGGGUUUGAGGUGAUAGGUUAUGGCUGUGCCACCUGUGUAGGGAACACGGCUCCGUUACCUGAAGCUGUUGUAGAUGCAAUCAAACAGGGGGAUUUGGUGGCCUGUGGUGUUUUAUCUGGCAACAGGCACUUUGAAGGCCGCCUGUGUGACUGCGUGCGUGCCAACUACCUGGCCUCCCCUCCCCUGGUGGUGGCUUACGCUCUCGCGGGCACUGUGGGAAUCGACUUUGAGAAAGAGCCUCUGGGUGUGACCUCAGAGGGGAAGGAGGUUUACCUCCGUGACAUCUGGCCGUCCAGGGAGGAGGUCCAACAGACUGAAGAAGACACAGUCAUCUCCUCCAUUUUUAAGGAUCUCAGGGGAAGGAUGGAGAAAGGGAACACAUUUUGGAACAACAUUGAAUAUCCAGAGUCUGUGGUUUUCUCUUGGGAUCAAAAGUCCACAUAUAUCCGCUCACCAUCUUUCUUCAGCAAGUUGAGUAAAGAGGUUCCGCCUCCUCAGUCCAUAGAGAGCGCUCACGUCUUACUGUUCCUCGGGGACAAAGUGACCACGGACCACAUCUCACCUGCCGGCAGCAUUGCCAGAGUCAGCGCCGCCGCCAAGUACCUGCUGAGCAAACGCCUGACGCCACGGGAGUUCAACUCGUACGGCGCUCGCAGAGGGAACGACGCAGUGAUGACCAGAGGCACGUUCGCCAGCAUCAAGCUCCAAAAUCGAUUCAUUGGCAAACCAGGCCCUAAGACUUUGCACAUUCCUUCAAACCAGACGCUGGAUGUGUUCGAGGCAGCUGAGCGCUAUCAGAAAGACGGCAUCCCACUCAUCAUCCUAGCAGGGAAAGACUACGGCUCUGGAAACUCCAGGGACUGGGUAGCCAAAGGACCAUACCUGCUGGGUGUACGUGCAGUCAUCGCUGAGAGCUUUGAGAAGCUGCACAAGAACCAGCUUGUGGGAAUGGGCAUAAUGCCGCUCCAGUUCCUGCCCGGCCAGAACGCGGACUCUCUGGAGCUCAGCGGGAAGGAGAAGUUCACCAUCACCCUGCCAGACAGCCUAAGUCCGAGGCAGCAGCUCACCGUCAAGACUAGCCAAGGAAAGUCCUUCUCUGUCACCGCACUGUUCGACACCGAGCUGGACGUCAUCUUUUUCCAACACGGAGGGCACCUUAAAUAUGUCGCUCGGACUUUGCUCUGAAACAGCGCGCAGCCUGAUCUCAAACCUACUGAAUGUGCCGAAGGUGGAUGAACAGCAGCCCCUCAUCAUUUCUCCAGUUUGUCUUCAGCGGCAUAAAGGCUGACGAUUUGCCUGUUUAAACGAUGAACAUAAACGAUCAACAUUCAGACUUUCAGGAGUCACGAGACGUCUGUUUUCAGACCUGUAACUGAACUGCUUCUCCACCACUACACGUUGGCUGUUUCUGCACUGCCACCAGCAGCAUCUCUCCUCACAAUAGAGGCAAAAUAAGCGCAAGAAGACCUGGUGACGUCAGCUCAAUAAGGAGAUUGUACCCGAGAUGACCUAACAUCUUAUGUUUGUGUGUGUUUUAUUGUUGGAGAAUUUGCAGAGCACUGAAGGGACGUUUGUUUCAUCGAGGACUUGAGCCAAGAAGGAUGAAUCCUGUCUGCUCCUGUCGUUUAACUCAAAGAAAAAACAAAACGACCCUGCCUUGAAAGGCUAACAUGGUGCUAGGUACUACAGCAUGAAUACGUUGUUUUAAAGGUGCAGUAUCGCCCGUUUUUCCCCAACAAGUAAAUUCUCGAAUCUUUUGAAUUUGCAGAAUUGAUGUCAGUUGCCCGUAUUUCUUCUUGGGGCCAAACAAUCUCAUGUAGAUUGAAGUUCUGUUCUUGUUUCAUAUUUCUGCAGCACAUUAAAGGUCAAUUCUAAACCAAUCAGUUUAUAUCGACCCACAAACUUGUGAGCACUUAUUUAAAAAAUAUUAGUGUUGUUGUAUUGUCAGGUAAAUGGUGCUGAGGUGAAUGGUAGCUGUAGUUUCACUUGUCAGUUUAAUGUAGUCCUGUUAAACGUGUGAUUGAAAACAGGUUUUGUGACAUCACAAAGCCUGAAUGUGACGGCGUCCAGUUAACUCUUCCUCUGCAGCCGGAGACCUCGACUACCUCCUGCAGUGUUCCACAUGAUUAGCAUGAAUAUUUCUUCAAAGGGGAACUCCACAGCAAACACACGACAGUCCGUUUACAGGUCGAGUACGACUGCGGAAAAAAAACUGACUCAAGUGAUGUCAGUUCUCUCCAGGAUACAUUAGUGACUAGUAUAACACACAUGGAUCUCCAACUGAGAUAUCAGCCCUUGAGUUGCAUUAUGGGUAAUGUAGGCAAAAAACAGUCCAGUGUGUUUUACACUGUCGAUUCAACGCUAACACUGAAUUGGUGAAGUAUUCUUUUAAAAAUAGUCCUUUAACGUUUACUGAACAGCUACACAAGCUACAAUUACAGGUAAUGGUAGUUGAAAUGCUACGUCACUGAAACGUCCCAUUACGCAGCAAAAAUCUAUUAGCUGCUGGUCCUAUCUGACCAGGUGACUCAGCAAAACUGACAACUGUUUCCAGUCUUGCUAAGCUAAGCGGCUGCUAGCUGUAGCUUCAUAUCGUACAGCCAUGACAGCAUCUCUGCGAGAAAGUGCUUAACUCAUCUAUUCAUUUUCCAUAUGUCAUCAUGCUGUGGAGGGCUGGAGCCAGUCCCAGCUGAUGAGUGGACGAGUGGCGGGGUACGCCCCUGAACAAGUUCAUCACAGGGCUGACACAUAGAGAGAGACACAGACGUGGGGUGAACAUGAAAACUCCACACAGAAAGGUCCAAACCAAUCACAAACUGGCAGGUUCAAACCCAGAACCUUCUUGCUGUGAGGUGACGUGUUAACCGCUGCACCACCAUGCAUGAUGAGAUCAAAUCCAUCCUCAUGAGAAAUGACUGAUAAUCAAUGCUUCAUGGUUUAGCAGCUUCUACUGCAGUUUGAACUGACUGAUGUGAAUCUGAAGCGAGCGGACACCGACCCUGCCUAUAAAUACAAGACUUGUUUAGUUUGUAAUCCACCAUGAUGACCUGUGUUGAGGUACUGAACUCAUCCUCUGUGUCUGUGUAUGAUUUGAAUAUUUGUGCAUGUUCAAACCAUUCUGGUAGAUAAUUGCACAUUCUGAACUCAUCCAUCCAGUUUAACAUGUCACCUUGUGUAGGAUGUGAAUUGGAGCCUUUAUGCAUAUAUAUAUAAUUUAGAGAGCAUGAUAUUGUGCUGGAUGUGUUUAGGAGAAGUUAUUUAUUGAUACCUACACUAUUCUGUAAUAUGUUGAAACCAUUAACUGCCUGAAACUGUUGCAAAAGUGUGUAGUUUAUGUUUCUCGGUCAUUUGAAGUGAACACAGACGUGUUUUGCCUUGUCAGACUGCCAAAACAAGCUGCAACAAGUAGCAAGCCUGCAUGUGAAGAGAAUAUCUGCCAUAGUUUCAACCGUGUCACAUUACAGGACAUGUAGAGUUUCUUAGUUCCUCAGCCGGGCCAAUCCAUCUUCAUUCGUUUGAGCGGGUUGUUUGAUUGUUUCAGUGAUAUCUGGAUGGAACGUUGUGAAGUGUGAAGCAGCUUUAGGGAAGUAUGCAAACCGUGUUCAUUGCUGCAGAUGUGGAAAGUUGUGGAUGUCUGUAAUCAUAUUGUACAUAAUUUUUAAAUAAAUGGUAAAGCAAA